CGUAUCUUCUUGCCUAGCACUGUCGUCAAGGAAUGGUAGUGUAAGGCUAGCCGAGUGGUAGCUUUGGCAAUGUUGUCACUAUCAGAAUGAUAUCGCAGCGGGACAGUGGAGAAUUGGCUCGGUUUUAUACUGUCACAGAUCCCAAGAAGCACCCGAAAGGUUAUACUCUGUACAAAGUCACCGCAAGGAUCAUCUCCAGGAAGAACCCAGAGGACGUGCAAGAGAUAACGGUAUGGAAGAGAUACAGUGAUUUCCGGAAGCUUCAUCAGAACCUCUGGCAGCUGCAUAAGAACGUGUGCAGCCAGUCGGAGCUGUUUCCCCCGUUUGCCAAGGCCAAAGUCUUCGACCUGCGCUUUGUCUGGCGUUUUGAUGACUCUGUAGUUGAGGAAAGAAGACAGUGCUCCGAGGAUCUGCUGCAGUUCUCCGCUAAUAUCCCUGCUCUCUAUAGCAGUCAGCACAUCCAAGAUUUCUUCAAGGGAGGCGAGGUCCACGACGGCUCCGAGCUCAUUGGACCAGCUGAGCCCUUUUCAGACUUCUUGGCGGACACUUCAUCAGACUGCAGCUCUGACGUUCAAAGAGACAUUAGUGGUGCCGAUGAUUUGAUCAUCACAUCUGAGUAUGGUGGCCCGCCCAGUGACAAAGCCCUGACCCCCCUGGCUGUGGAUACAGACUCCUUGGCUGGGCUGGAUGAUGGCACGGCCUCAGGCCGCACAUCCCCAAACCAGCCACAGGGGGGAGCCACCAACACUACCAGCAGCUACAGCCCUCGCUUGUCCCCUUUCCGCCGCGGUCGCCGCACCCCGUCUCCCGCCCCCGCCUCCUCAGCAGCUGACCCCGAGGCCGGCCGGCCAGGCCGAGCGUCGCUCUUCUCCGGCCGUCUGAAGAAAUCCGGCGGCAACGACCCAAAGGACGGGAAGCCCGACUACCUAGACGGAGCCAGCGAGCUCAUCUGUUUGGCCGUUCAGAAGGAAAAAGAGCGGGACUUUCAGGCAGCUUUCUCCUGCUAUCGCAGCGGAGUGGACCUGCUGCUAAAAGGAGUGCAAGGUGAGCCCAGUCCCACGCGGCGAGAGGCAGUGAAGAAGAAGACUGCCGAGUAUCUGAUGCGUGCAGAGCAGAUAGCCAGUCAGCAUCUGAGAAGCAACAUGGGUCAAGGGUCAACGCAGACUGCGGCUUUGGGGGCACAAUGCUGCCCAUCCACCACUAGAGGAGGCCAGCAGAGUCCAUCUGAGGAGCUGAGAGCAUACAGGGUGUUGGGGGUCAUAGACAAGGUUCUUUUGGUCAUGGACAAGAGAACAAAAGAGAUGUUCAUCCUGAAAGGUCUGAGAAAGAGCAGUGACUGUUGGCGUACGAAGCGGACCAUCAUGCCUCAUUCUGUGCCCCACAUGGUGCAGCUAAGGAAGUUCGUAGUCUCCGAAGACACAGUUUUCCUUUUGCUGCAGUAUGCUGAAGGGGGCAAGCUGUGGUCUCACAUUGGAAAGUACCUGCGUGAUUCCAGCCCGGAGGAGAGCUUUGACAUUGCCUUCAUCCAGAAGAGCCACACGGCGGCCGUGCACUCUCCACCACACGGCGCGCCGCGGCCCGACGUGGACCCGGCCGGUUCCGGCUCCGCGCCGGCGUCUUCUUCUGCCCCCGUGUCCGAGCUCCGGAGCCAGGCGGCGGCGCUGAUUGCGUCUCCCGGGAAACGGGCUCUCCCUCCCGGGCUCGCCGGGGCCCAGUCGGACUCUGGAGCUACCUCGGAGGAAGAGUGCACCAACAGCUACUUGACACUCUGCAACGAGUACGAACAAGACAAAGUCGAACCAGACGCGCUGGAGGAGGAUGGGGAGGAGGAGAGGAGCGAACAGGAAGUGCCCUCGCUUGAGGCGCCCGCCGCUACGACCACCGCCUCCUCGCGCAGCCGCUCGCUGCUCAGCAACGACAGCCUCUCGUCGCCCGUCAGCUCCCAGGAGCUCGGCUUUUUCACCGAGGCGUCCGACAGAAGCGGCCACGCCCCCGACCACGGCGAGGUGUUCAGCCCUCUGCCGUCCCCCGCCGCGCCCCUGUCUUUGUCUCAGUCCAAGCACACGCCGAUGGAGUUUUUCCGGAUCGACAGCAAAGACAGUGCAAGCGAGGUGACCUGUCCGGACCCGGGGGAGCAGCGCCCCUCUCACAAGCCGGUUUCCCUCCUUUCUACGUCCGACCUGGGCUCGGACGUCACCGAGGGUCCUCCGGAGCGGGCGCGAGACGGCGCGGGCCACAGCGCCGAGCUUUGGGGGUUGGACUGCAGCGACAAAGGCUCCAAUGAGUCGGUGCCGGUCAUCUCGUUUAAAGAGGCAGCAGCGGAGGACGAGGGUCACCCGCCAGACCUUCUGGUCAACCUGCCCGCGGUGGGGGGGACUGUGGACUCUUCAAAAGAGGAAGUGGACGCCCCGGGGUUUCGCCUUGGCCCCGAGGCCGCUGCCUCGCCUAAGAAGGUCAUCCAGCCCGAUGUCUUACAGCUCCACAGCCAGCCCGAGGAGGGGAAGGAGGAGCGGGAGCUUUCACCUCUACGUACGACCUCUGCAAGUCGCGACACCAGUGCUGCGUCUUGCUCUCCCUUCAACUCGCUGUGGGACGACUGCGGCGCGGCCCCCGGGCCGCCGGCUCACCCUACAUGCCAAAACACUCGCCUCGACCUCCCAGGAACUGACAUACUAGAUGGGAAAGCAGCGGUUCCUGACACAGACGGGACCCAGGCGUGCGCCGUGGCUGAGGGUUUAUUCGGCCCAGAGGGUGACCCGUCGAGGGUCGUUAGUAAUACAGGGGGCUGCGAAUUUGACAAAGAAGUGUCGCGGCUGUUCGCGGAGCUGGACGAGCUGUCGCUGGCCGCGUCCCAGGUUCGUAUCCCGGAGGCGUUCAUACGCUGCUGGGCCACGGAGAUGGUGACUGCCCUGGACUCUCUGCACCAAGACGGCAUCUUCUGUCGAGACUUCAACCCCAACAACAUCCUGCUCGACCACCAAGGUCACAUUCAGCUCACCUACUUUGGCAGCUGGAAUGAUGUGGAGGAGUCCUGCGACAAGGAGGCCAUCGCCAAUAUGUACUGUGCACCAGAGGUGGGAGGAAUCUGCGAGGAGACGGCGGCGUGCGAUUGGUGGAGUUUGGGCGCCGUCCUCUACGAGCUGCUGACAGGCACGUCUCUGCUGCGGUGCCAUCCAGCAGGAAUCGGUCGCCACACUGCUCUCAGCAUCCCCGAGUCUGUUUCGGAGGAGGCCAGAUCUCUGCUGGAGCAGUUGCUCCAGUACAACCCAGUAGAGAGGCUGGGGGCAGGCGCGGGAGGCGUGGAUGAUAUCAAAUCCCACCCUUUCUUUGCCACAGUGGACUGGCCCAAAUAGACGCCGUGCAUGGUGGGACUGCAGAAGCCAGAGCUGCAUGCUGGGAGACCGGCUGUCCUCGUCGGAUGCCUCUCAGACUGCGGACACAAGUGGAGAGGAAAUAGGAAUGACGCAUUUCGGCACGCGUCGGCCAGUCAGCCCCUGUCUCCUUUAUACGGAUUUUGCCAAGAAGCUGUAUUUGUAAAAUGUUUAUUUAUUCAUCUCAAGGAGGGUUUACCGUGUGACUUUGUCUGUGCAGGGAACACUAAACGCCAUGCGCGGUGCAAUAAAUGACGCAAUAAUUGCUGGUACCGAGCGGUGAUGCACUACGACAUUGUCGCGUUUACGCUCCUCGCGCACAAAAGGGGGCAUUUUUGCGUCGACGUUUAUUUAAGUUGUGUUCCCCAUUCGGAUUGACGCGGACUGAAGGCUGCAGAAUGAGUUAUUCAGAGCGAUGAUAGAGCAGCAAACAUGAAAGAUAUAGUUGAAUAAAGUCCGCCCUUUUGUUCCUUCCUCAGGUAAACACUGUUGGCUCCGUCAGCACUUUUGCCGCUGUUUGCGCGGAUAGCUGCUAGCCGCCUCGUCCAGUUAAUGGAAAUGCUCCUAAUCUCCCUAAGUUGUGUCGUAAAUUCAACUCUCCUGAAAACACAAGCGAAAUAGACCGCAUUGCCGCCACUUCCACACUGAUUAUUCCCCACGGAGCCCAUUGAGCGCUUAGAAUAAGGCGAUUGGGCUGUGUUGCUCUUAUCUGAGGAACAGAUACACAGCCGAAGAACUGCAUACACAGACACUACAGGAUCAAGGCACAAGUGUUUUCGGGUAGGAGGUGGUUUUGUUGUUAAGUGGAGUAUUUAGUUGCAAAGAAGAUUGAGUUAUUUAAUAGACCAUAGCGUGAGAACGUGUGCGUUUGAUGCUUUCUCCCUGCAUACACAGGCUGAAUCCUGCCCUUUUACACAUAGUUGUUAUAAUGAAAUACAGAAGAAACUACUUUUCACUGCAUUUAUUUUCUGCAUGGAAGAAAUUAUGAUUGAUGUAAUUUAUGUUAUACUUUGACAGAAUUUUCAAUAAUAAUAAUCAAACAAUAAAUGAUGUGUGUCUUGUAAAUACACCUUUUUAAAGGAUGUUGUGCGGAGUGCAAGGUAUGCCCUCGUCUUUGAGGCCUCGAUGACGCCCGACGUGUCAAUCACUUACUGCCUUGUCAAUCAAAUCCUUUUCAUCUCAUUUGCCAUCUUGUAAAAGAGAUCUUAUUGCUGGUUUUGUCAUCUUCAUGUGUAAUAAUCAGUAUUUUGAGAUGCAUUUGAACAAACGAAAUUCAAAAUUCUUCCUGAAACCUUUUUCUAACACACAUGAAAUCCCUCCGCUGUAAAAGCUUCACUGCAUAAUAAAAACGACCAGGCCCACAUUC